UUCCAUUUACCCCGCUACUGAUCUGGAGCACUGCUUCCGGGUUUGAGCGCAACAACGUCGGACAGACCAGAAAGAGAUAUCUGGUUCUGUCGUAAUAUUCCCCGUUGCAAAGUGGCUACAUUGUUUUCCUGUCUUGCUUCCAAAAGUGCCACCUUACUCUCCACCAUCAAACGCAAUAUAGGCGUAGCUACAGCGAGCAUGGUUCGUGGCCAACUGCCCUCUCCGCCUCACUCAGACGGACAUCCCACCCCUGAACCUCACCGGGAAAGCUGCGGGAUCUUUCACCCGCUAUACGCACACGACGACAUACUAGGAGCCGGAACUACCAUGGAUCAUACACAGCAGGCUGUGGCCUUCGAAUCGUCAAAUCACCCCCGGUAUCUUUCCAACAACGGUUAUUUACAACAGCCGAUGGCGGCCCAUAGCAUUCAAGUCAACACACCACCAUCAACCUCGGAUGAGUGCAUCGUCUCAGAGCGGACUUCAUCUACAUGGCCUCAGAGACCUGCCAAUCGCGGAAAGGCAAAGAGUGCCAGAGGCAGCGGUGGUCGCAAACCCAAAACACUGCAUGCCAGAGAUGGCCCCUCGUUACCCGGCCCGUUGAGCGAGUUGACCAAGCACCUGACCCAUGUCCCCAUCAGGGACAUGGAAGGUUGGGUACAUCGACCUAUCGAGGUCCGUCGCCAGGAAGUCGCCAAAAAGAACGGUAAAGUUGCCAGGCCUAUGAAUUCCUUUAUGCUCUACCGGUCAGCAUACACCGAGAGAACCAAGAAGUGGCUGGGGCAGAACAACCAUCAAGUCGUGUCCGUGGCUGUGGGCCACAGCUGGAAGAUGGAGCCACCAGAGAUUCGCAAUAAGUUUGAACUCCUAGCAAACAUUGAAAAAAAGAACCAUGUCAAGGCGCAUCCCGGAUACAGGUUUUCUCCAAAGAAGGACCAUCGAAGAGGCGAUGACCGUCGCAACAGUCGCCUGGAUCACACACCUGAUUCUAGUCCUGGCUUGGGGCAGACGCCCCGUACCAUGAGCACAUCAGAAAUGGAAAGCGGAUGGGGCAGCCGUGACUCAACCCCUCUUGGUUUUAUGGAGCAUGGCAUGCCCGCUGGUUAUCUCAGCUCUUCCUGGCAAACGACUAACCCCGGUAGGCCAGCCCCAGGCAUGCUACCUCCCUCACCACCGGAGCCAACUCAGUACCUCCAGCAAUCAAUCCAUCAGAGCCUCAUGGGCUCCCAUGUGGAAGAUGUCCGCUUCAACAGAGUUGACAUGCAGGAUCUCCAGUAUUCUUCUUCAACAGCUUUGGCUGGCCUACCAGGUGCUACUCACCAUGAACUUCUUCAGCCUCAGACCUCUGUUCCUGCACCGGGAGCUGGUGCCGAUGGUCAGCUAGAUCCACAGCUGCUCGGCUUCCAGGGCAACCCGAACAAUGGUGGAGGGAGUCAACCUUACGGCAAUGCUCACUACCAUCCCAUCUGGCAAGACGCGCAUGCAAGUAACAACUACGCUGCUGCCUCGUCGCUACCGCCGACCACGGUACCCUACGUAGCCGGGGCGGCUUUCACACCAGGUAUGCAACCGAUGGUGGAUGGUCGCGAUGCGUGGGAGUCAGGUCAUGACGGGACCAUGGACACCUCCGGUACGGAGUUUGAACAUUGGAUUAAUCCUCAACCGGCAGCAUUUUAGGAAUAACGGAGAUCUAUUCCGAAUCCCAUGAUGAACGUGAUGAAAGCGACGAGCUCGACGAACUUCUUAAUGGAGAUGUGCGUCGUCUUUGUUCUCGGAUUGGCUCCCUGUUUAAAUUGAACAUUUUGAUGCUGGAGUUCCAAGGCGUACAGAUCUAAAUGACAGUGAUAUCCCUUCUGGAGGCGGUUUCUUUGUUUCUAAUGUAUCUUUUCUUAAUCUCGCCGAUAUUGAUUCCCAAGGGUGGCAAACUGUUAGUUCUGGUUAUGUAUGAUAGUUCUUUUGUCAAUCGUUCACUCGCAUAGAGCUGCACGGACUUUUGUGAUUCGGAGAUACCAAUUCACCAUCUAAUGAAUACUAUGCCAUGUUUCUA